GAUUGCCACAGUUGCGGACCCUACCUCAUUCAGUGUGAAUAGAAACGCGAGAACUUGAAUCCCUUUACUGUCAUUCAUUUAAAGAACAGCAUCAGCCAACUCGCCUGAUCUUCUUCGAUUAAUCAUCUUGAUUUUUCAAUUGAAUUGAGUUUGAUUGGAUAAGUUGUGAUAUAGCUGAAGAAUUAUACGACCAUGCUGAUGAAACUGGCUCUGCUGAUGGGGGUGUGCAUGGUGGGCCUCAAUGGAGUUCCUGUUGAGAACGAAAUGCCCACCAGCAGUGACAGAACCCUUUAUAUAAGGAGUCUUCCUGGAUAUCCUGGUGUCAGGAGUGAUCUUUAUGAAGUUUAUAUGGAGCCUUAUUAUUUUGCGAUAGGAACAAAAGCAAUGGUCGAAGUAAAGGCGUACAAUGAGAAUGGGAUGCCAGUAGAAGGUCCUAUGGGAGUCCUCACUCUGGAACAAUAUCCAGAAGGAGUCAGGAUCAACGGAAGUAUCAUGGGGCUCAGUGAGGGACAACAUGGCUUCCAUGUUCAUGAGAAGGGAGACAUCAGCAAGGGAUGCAUGUCGGCUGGAGCUCAUUAUAAUCCCUAUAUGACACCUCAUGGAUCACCAAUGGAUCCCCUCCGUCAUGUUGGUGAUCUUGGUAAUAUCGAGGCUGGUGCCGAUGGUACAGCACAGAUCGACAUAAUGGAUCAUUAUUUAACAUUAACCGGUGUACGUGGGGCAAUUGGACGCACAAUCGUAGUCCAUGAGAAACCAGACGACCUUGGUAGAGGUAAUACCGAGGACAGCAUGAAAACUGGAUCAGCGGGCGCUAGGCUUGCGUGUGGAAUCAUUGGUUUCGUUUGAGCCAAUCAUUAAUUUUUUCACGGGGACUUAAUUUCUUUUUCUCUGUAAAAAUACUGUAAUAAUGAAAUAAACUUCAAAUAACUUCA